GACACAUGAACCCAUUUUGUGCAUACAGUAAAUAUCUUAAUAAAUACGAAAAAGCGUGAAUCGAUAUAUAUUUGCUAUACUGCGGAAGCUCCUACACUAUCACUAGUGGACUGCUGAUGCGGACUCCAGGAAAGGUGUGGAAGGCCUGCCAUUCACAAGAGAGGCCUUGUUUGGAGAUGAACUAGACAAAUGGAUCUCCAAAGCUACUGCGGCUUUAAAGGUGCAUGUAUCUAUGAAUAUUAAUAAUUAAUGUUCUCCAGAAGCGUGACAUCCAACAUGUUGGUUUGUGAUAUAUGUACACAGGAAGUUCUUUCUGAAGAUGAUAUGAAGAGCCAUUUGCUUUUGACACACAUGGAACAAGACAAUUACUGUCCCUUUUGCACCAUUGCUGGACUCGCUUACGAUGAACUCCACCAUCACAUUCAGUCAGCUCAUGCAGACACACUAGAGGCCUGGAGUAGUGAUGAAGAACAUCCUGAAGAAAUGAAUAAGCCACCAACUUCUUUCUUCAGCAGCUCAAACAAUACAGUAACUGAAAAGUCUUACCCAGGAAACCAUAUGAAACUGUAUCCUAAUGAAAUCAGAUUGCCUCUCAACAUUGGACUAGAUAACAACAAAAUACAGAGCAGUCUGAAAGCAGAAGAUGUCACGAGUAAUGCUCCCAGUAGUUCCGGUUUAACUUGUAAAGCAGAUGCUUCUUGCUCACCUCUGACAACAAAUGAAUCUGCUUUGAGGAGUACUAUUUUUGACCAAGAGUUAUUGAAUCAAUGCCACUCCCAAUCAAUUGUGUCUACACCAAACGCCACCAGCAGUGGUGACACUGUUCUAGGGUGCCCUUUUUGCCUUGAUGUCAAAAGUUCCAUUGAAGAAAUUGAGUUCCAUGUAAGGACUGAACAUGAGGAUCUCUUAGACUCACCUUCCAAAGGAAAUACCAGUCAAGAGUAUGAAUGCCCUAUUUGCUCAAUGCUUUGCGCCAAUGAACAUCUCUUACAAGAACAUGUAAAUUUGCAUUUGGAGGAAAGCUACUGUGACGAAGCUAAAAUCUCCAAUGACCUAAUCUUGGCAAGACAACUACAGGCUGAGGAAUACAAGCGGCAAAGAGCAGAUGAAUCUAAAAAAGAGAUGGAAGAGUUCCGAAAAUUACAGAGACAGUUUGGUUUAGAUAAUUCUGGUGGCUAUCGACAGCAAUCCAUGCAAAAUCUGGAAAAAGCGGUUGCAAGGGGACGAGUUCAGCCUAUGGAAUUUCACCGGCAUAAAGUACAAAUGAUGGAAUCUUUAGCUACAGGAGUAGAUGAUGGUAGAACAAGGACAUCAGGAGUUGUGGAAGCAUUACACCAUUAUUAUAAUAUUGCUGCUCCUGAAGUGUGUCGUGUCUGGCUUUGCUCUCCUUUGGAUCACUACAGCAAUUCUGCUGGAGACAGAGGAUGGGGUUGCGGCUUCCGAAAUUUUCAAAUGCUUCUUUCUUCCAUUUUGAUGAGCGACUCUUACAGACACUGCUUACAAGAGUGUGGGCAUAUUCCUUGUAUUCCGAAAAUUCAGUCUUUGAUUGAGGAUGCCUGGAAAGAAGGAUUUGAUCCUCAGGGUGCUUCUCAUUUCAGUGGCAAAUUGCAGGGUACCAAGGCUUGGAUUGGCGCUUCUGAAAUUUACUGCCUACUAACAUCUCUGAAAAUAAAAUGUAGAAUUCUUGAUUUUCACAAGCCAAGCAGUACUUCUGGAACACACCCUCUCUUGUUUGAGUGGGUUCUGAACUAUUAUGCACCUGAUGCUAGUGAAACUGGAGGCAAGGUAUGGUGUUCUUCCAAGCCUGCCAUUUACCUUCAACACCAAGGUCACAGCCGAACAAUUGUGGGAAUUGAAGAGAGGAAGAACAAAUCCUACUGUCUAUUAAUAUUUGACCCUGGAUGUCCUUCUGAAGCUAUGCAGAGGUUAACAAAGUGCAAUAUAGACAGUGCUGCUCUUAAACAUCUUCGUAAAUACGUAGGGAGCCUAAAACAUAAACAGUACCAGAUUGUUGCAGCAGAUGGAGUUCUGCUCCCAGAAGAAAAAGCAGCUCGUUUACAAAUGUCAAAAGUCUUCAGAGCUGAGAGGAUUCCAUGAAGAAACUAGAUAACCUACAGCCAAGCAAUACAAAAUAUUGUGGAUGUAUUUUUAGAUUAUGAACUUUGUAUUUUAUAUAUGUAUGACUGUACAGCUAUUCAUAAAUAUAUAUAAUAUGUUUGUGUGUGUUUUUUUACAGUGCUAACUUUUUUUUACUUCUUGUUACAUGUAUAAUAAAAUAUUUUAUUUGCUUA